CUAUUCCCUUGAAACACAAAGGAGAGAGAAACUAGAGAGAGGAAAGAGUGUGUGUGUUAGAGAGAGAGAGAGAGAGAGAGGGAGUGUGUUUGUGUGUGUAGUUUCUCACAUGGCCUCUAUGCCGUUGGGGCCGCACCACCUUCAACCACCGCAAGUAGCAGCUCCGCCGCAUCAGCAACAGCAACAACUGCCGCAAGCAGAGAAUGACCCGAUGAAGGUGGACGGUCGCCGUGGCUCCGACUCGACCACAGAUAAGGAAAUGUCCGCUCCUGUUGCUGAUGGUAAUGAUGCAGUCACUGGUCACAUAAUCUCAACCACAAUUGGAGGCAAAAAUGGCGAACCUAAACGAACCAUCAGUUACAUGGCCGAACGUGUUGUUGGUACUGGAUCAUUUGGAAUUGUUUUCCAGGCAAAGUGCUUGGAAACUGGAGAAGCAGUGGCUAUAAAGAAGGUCUUGCAGGACAGGCGGUACAAAAAUCGUGAACUGCAGUUAAUGCGCUUGAUGGAUCACCCAAAUGUAAUUUCUCUGAAGCAUUGUUUCUUCUCUACAACAAGCAGAGAUGAACUUUUUCUGAACUUGGUAAUGGAAUAUGUCCCCGAGACGAUGUACCGAGUUAUAAAGCACUACAGUAGUAUGAACCAGAGAAUUCCCCUAAUCUAUGUGAAAUUAUAUACAUAUCAAAUCUUUAGGGGACUAGCAUAUAUCCAUUCUGUACCCGGAGUUUGCCAUAGGGAUGUGAAGCCUCAAAAUCUUUUGGUUGAUCCUCUCACUCACCAAGUCAAGCUUUGUGAUUUUGGGAGUGCCAAAGUUCUGGUCCAGGGUGAAUCAAACAUUUCUUACAUAUGUUCGCGGUACUAUCGAGCCCCAGAACUAAUAUUUGGUGCGACAGAAUACACAACAUCUAUUGAUAUCUGGUCAGCUGGUUGUGUCCUUGCAGAACUACUUCUAGGCCAGCCAUUGUUCCCAGGAGAAAAUCAGGUUGACCAACUUGUGGAAAUUAUCAAGGUUCUUGGUACCCCUACUCGAGAAGAAAUUCGCUGCAUGAAUCCUAAUUAUACAGAUUUCAGAUUCCCCCAAAUCAAAGCUCAUCCUUGGCAUAAGGUUUUUCACAAGCGAAUGCCUCCUGAAGCUAUUGACCUUGCAUCAAGGCUUCUCCAAUAUUCACCAAGUCUUCGUUGCAGUGCACUGGAAGCAUUGGCACAUCCUUUCUUUGAUGAUCUCCGAGAGCCCAAUGUCCGGCUACCUAAUGGUCGUCCACUGCCUCCACUUUUCAACUUUAAACAGGAAUUAGCUGGAGCACCUCCUGAACUGAUCUAUAGACUCAUCCCGGAGCACGUGAGGCGGCAAACUGGUCUUGGCUUACCAUAUCCGGCUGGCACUCAAAUGUAAAGAGAUAGUGAAACAUAGAGUCAACCGUUCUAGUGAUUAGUAUGAAACACAUGAUGGCCUGCUUGUGGUCAAUAGAACAGGAUUCAGGCCUAAAUAUGCAGUUUUUCUCCCCUUGUGAAGAUAUAUACAUGUACUGGAUACACUGUAACCCGGAAAUGUUGAUGAUGUCUAAUAUUUCAUUCUAGUUAAAGCAUAAUUGUUCCUU